UCACGUCAGAGUUAAUUCAGUCGCUGCUUCUGAGUGAAGAUGGCGGAGGCCGCUGCUGCUCCACGACACCGGUUCUUCUGUCACUGCUGUAAAGGUGAAAUAGACCCAAAGCUACCGGAAUAUGUAUGUCCCAGAUGUGAAUCUGGCUUUAUUGAAGAGGUGUCAGAAAACUUCAGUCUUCUUCAGAAUCGGGAUGGUGCUGCUGGGACAGGCAGUGAUGACAUGACCUCACAGUUUGCUGAGCUGUGGCAGCUGCUCUUCAUGGAGCAUUCAGCCCUGCUCUCCGAGCCCUCGGUCACAGACGCGCUCCGCAGCUCCGGGCUCCAGCCAGCAGUUGCUGAUCCUGCCUCUGGGACGGCGGGACCUGUGGCAUCCGUCGAGAGUCUGUCAGACUGCACCGAGCCUCAACAAAACAGCCCACAGACAAACUCCAGACAGGAUCAGGGACAGGCUGUGGAGGGGAUUGUACAGCAGUUCCUGGCAGGUCUGUUUUCCAAUUCAGACAGUGCAGGUCCCCAAACCUCCUCAUGGUCCAGCGCGCUGCACUCAAACCCUGGAGACUAUGCUUGGGGACAGGGAGGUUUGGAUGCGGUCGUAACACAGUUGCUUGGUCAGUCUGAAAACAGCGGCCCCCCUCCUGCCGAGAAGGAGAUGAUCUCAUCUCUGCCCACCGUUAGCAUCUCCUCAGAGCAGGCUGCAUGCCGGCUGGAAUGCCCCGUGUGUCGAGAGGAGUUUUCUGUUGGGGAAUCUGUCCGACAGCUGCCGUGUCUGCACUACUUUCACAGCAGCUGUAUUGUGCCCUGGCUUCAACUGCACGACACCUGUCCUGUCUGUCGGAAGAGUCUGGAUGGUGAAGACCGGGGUUUUCAACCACGACCAGAUCCUCAAGAAACAAUCCCAUCACCUCCAGAUUUACCAGAACGAAGCACCUUCGAGACUCUUUAGCCUCUUUCCUGCCUUUAUCACUUUAAUUAUUCACCAGUGCUUCAUGAAGCCUCUACAAAGACCUCAGGUGCCUUCUAUUUCAUUUUAGUCCAGGCAGAAAACCAAAUUUGAGAUGUCAAAAGCAACAACAAAUGGUACUAAUAUACACUCACAGUGUACUGCUAUAUGAAAUCAUGAUCGUAAUGUUUUUAUCCUGAUAAACAGUAGCUAUGUUUCUAUUCAAAUAUGCAAACUAGACUUAUGAGCAAAACUCAACACAGGUUCAUUGUGGAUAUGUACCCCUGUUUACAUUUCUGAAGACUGCAAAACAUGUACCCAGAUCUACGUCUGGCUCAAUUUUAUCUGUAAAACGAAAGAUAUGGGGUGGUAUUGCUCCGCUGCCGGCUUCUGUUUCUUUCUGUGCUGACCGCUUACCUCCAUGUGGACAGCUUUACCAGUGUUACCAGUUUGCCCAGUAGCUCGCUGUGUAUGCUGAUGGAUUUUGAGAUGACGUCGGGGUUUGAGACUGGUAAAGAACGGAUCCAGAAACCAGGUAAAACAAAAGCAAAAAAUAUAUAAACAAAUAAACAACAGGCUAAAAACGUGGUGAACUCGCACUCGCGAAGGCUUGUCUUUUUCUAGAUUGCUUUUGAAAACACUAUCAGUUGGGUUUAGGGAUGGGGUUGGGUUGGUCAGUCAGUCCACAGUAAGCUGGCCUGGUCAGCUGAAGUGUAGAUAUGUCUAGAUAUUACACCCUCUGGUGGAUUUACGAGAGAAGAGGACGUGCAAAAGAAAUUUGAGAUCAUCAAAAAUAGUACACAGUGACCUCUGGUCCAUUUGCAAAAACUGCAAGCAGACGUACCGGUUACGUAUUUCUCUGUCUUCAGAAAUGUAGACCUGGGUACGCAUCCGCAAUGAGCCUGAGUUGGAAAAACUGGAAUAUCGCAUAAAACAUUUGCGAAUAAAACAGCGUUUCCAUUCAAAGAGAACACAAUCGUGACUUUCUGCUAAACUGACGUCAAAUAUGACUUGUGCCUCAGAAGAUGAAACACAGUGAAUGUGUGUUGACUUUUGGAGACGUGAAACCACUUUUUGGGAGAGUAGCUGCUCAAGACAGUUCUGGGAGCUAAUAAUAGGGCUGAAGGAUUUUAGAAUGACCGAAACAACAUUUCAGAUAUUGUAGAAUGUGGUCUGUCACUUGGUUUUCCUUUAAUGCCAUCUCGUCACACUUAUUGCAGCCCAGGCUCAUUGUGGAAAUGUACCCCUGUUUACAUUUCUGGAGACCAGGAAUUAUAUACCCGAAGGUAUGUCUGCUUGCAGUUUUUUUUUUUUUGUUGUGAAUCCACCUGAGGCCGAUGUGUACACUUUUUGAUGAGUUUAAAUUUAUCCAGAGGGCGCAACAACAUACACUACAGUUGACCAGCUUGCUAUUAACUAACUGACCAUCCCAUCCCCUCCCUAAACUCUAGCGAUAGUGUUUUCAAAAGCUAUCUAGAAAAAGAAAGGCCAUCAUGACCACACAAUUGUACCACAUUUUCAGAUUUUACAACGUUUUCAGUCUGUUAUUUAUUUAUUUGUUGCUUUACUGAAUUUCUGUAACCGUUCUUUGCUGGAUUUGAACCUUGUCGUCACUGUCCACUCCACUCCAUGUCCCAAGUCUUCUGGCAUAUGUGGAGCGCUACUGGGCAAGCCGUCCAUUCAAGCUGUCAGCUAGUAGUGCAAAAAGGAACAGAAGCUGUUGGCAGCAUCAGACUACCUCUGAGUACAUAUUUUGCAGUCUCCAGAAAUGUAGACAGGGGUACGAAUCCACAACGAGCCUGUGUUGACUUAUUUUUAUUUUUAUAAAUCAAUAUGACUUUGAUACACAUGCUGGAAUGUUUAUCUGAUAAAUGUGAUUCCCAACUGAGCCUGGUAUCUCUAUGGAGGAUUUUCCUUCACUUUCGUCAAUUGGUGAAGUUUUGUUCCUCGCCACUGGCUUGCUUGGUUUGGCACUUGUGGAGCUGCUCAUCGAUGGA